AUGUCAUCAGCGCUUCAAGGUCCUCCUCUCUCUCGCACAGCUUCGUCAAGCGCGAGCAGCUCACAGGCUCAACAGCAGCGCUCGACAUCGAGAGGAGUCGUCAGCUCUAGCAACCUGCACGCAAAGACCUUUGACAGUUCCAAGUUGAAAGUUCAAUUGCACAAAGUGCUGCACUCCAGAUUGGCCGGUGUCGCGUGGGAAAGGGACAAGGAAAAGAUGAAGGCUGUCAAUAGGGAUAUUGCGGAUAAUGUAAAGAGCAGGAUGAUUGGUGAGUUUGGCAACUUGCUUGCAGGGCGAUCCCCACGUGAGGCGUGCGCAGUAGGAGAUGGUGAGACGGGCUAGCCUACAGGGCUCCAGACGCAGCGCCGAACCAUGUUGGGCGCAACACCGCGAGGGCACAUUCCCAACGCUGGGACAGCAGAAUAGUCGACCCUUGACGAGGCUGCAUCUGACGACUCUUUCACCCGCCGUUGCUGUCUCUCCGAUUGCGUCCUACGCCUCGAUCUCAUUUGGCUGCUUAUCACGCUACAGAGAUAGAACCAAAGGGUGAGCCGGCACUGACCACCCAGCAUGAUUAACCUGCGGGUAUACUCACGCGUUUGUCCCCGCUGAGCAGGCUUCAAAUACCUUGUACAAGUGCAACUCUCAGAAAAUAAGGGUCAAGGGGGCAGGUGAGCUUCGCCAUGCGUCGCGCGAUCUGCCGCGUGGCACCAACGCUGACCUCUGAAGUCCACGCAUUUCGCUUGACACGUUUGCGCUACUGAAGAGGUGAGGCAGUCCGCAUCCUGAUGCUCACAUCUCGCGCAUCAUCGCUGACCGCAUUGCUGAUUUCCUUCGCCUCGCACCUCAGCCGAUGCCGCAUACCAUUGGGAAGAGGGCGAUGUCGUGAUUCACGAAAUGUACGCUAAUAACGACUUGAUCGCCACCGUCACCGCCUACGCAAUUCGCACAUAA